GUGUGGCCUGCAAGACGUCCCGGAAGGCUGGAUUACUGGCCACCUUCAAUGUAAACAAGUGCGGUGCUCGGAGAAGGAAUAGUCACGUGGCAAGUACAGUGCACGGCGUAAGAAUAGUCUCGUGGGUGCUCGCAAGGUUCCUGGUCUUAAAGGUUUGGCGCGAGGUGUGCAGGUGUUGGCGUGUCAGUGUAAAGAUGUGGUCCAUUGUGGAAGCGCCCCUCCUUCUCCUCCUCCUGGCUACGGCCGAGGGUCAGAGGCGGCCCCGUCCCCAGGAUACACAACUCGCCGCAGCGCCCCAGCAGCAGCAGGUUGUCUCUCAGUGCCCGCUGCCCGAUGGCUUUUUCGCAGACGCCCAGCAGUGUGACAAAUACUACCAAUGUGUGGACAAUGUGAUCACGGAAAAGCUGUGUCCCGACGGUUUGGCCUUUGUGGACCACAACCCGCGGAUAGAAAAGUGUGACUAUAUCAGCGCCGUAGAUUGUGCUGGACGAGCUGAGCUGCAGCCUGCUCAGCCAGCUGGAGCCUGCCUCCGACAGAAUGGAUAUUUCUUCCACCCAGAUGAAACGGUGUGCAACCAGUUCUUCUUCUGUUCUGAAGGUACCGGUAAUUUGGUCACCUGCCCCACUGGUCUUGUCUUCUCCGGAACAAGCAACAACUGCGUUUGGGCGGAUGAAGCAGGACGCGCAGGCUGCGCUACGCCCGGAGGUGGCCCCGCCUUUGAGUGCCCCAAGGUGACCCAUGACGUGGCAGUGGCUCAUCCCCGCUACGCCGAUCCCAAUGACUGUCAGUACUUCUACGUGUGCAUUGAUGGAGUCAGUCCAAGAAGGAACGGCUGCACCUUCGGCCAAGUCUUCAACUCCGUUAUUGGAACUUGCACAUCCCCGGCAGAAACUCCUGAGUGCGCCAACUACUACACAGAGUACUUCGACGAUUACUUUAAGACUCUCAACACCGGGGGUCGCCCAAGAGGUGACAUCCUUGCAGCUGCCUUCGAAGCAGGAUACAACAUUCCUCCCCACGCCUUAGGCAAGAUCGACAGGUCCCCUAAUCCGGGGGUGGCUGCCACUUUCGCCGCUGCCGCCCCUGCCGAGUCGCCCAGGCAGCCACCACGCAGAAGACGCCCCACAGCAGCCGCCCCAGCCCCUGCUCCCGCUGCUAUUCCCACCGGAGUCGAUAGCUUCAGUUUAUCCACUGGCCUCGGUGCCGCCGCUCAAGCUGUCCCAGUUGGGCCCCCUGCUCUUGCCGCGGACCCUGCCCCCACUGGACCCAGACGCCGUCGCCCGCUCGUCUCCGUCAGAAGAGCUCAGAGGCCUUAAACAGUAAGGCAUGUUUAGGUAAUUAGUCUAACUAAACCAUUAAAAGCUUGUCAACUUUUGUGGUUUUCACUAAUCACGAAAGCGGGUAUAAUUUUACCAAUCACUUCUAGCUUCUAAUAAGAUCAAAUAGAAGGCCAAUUACAAAAUCCAAUCACUUUAAAACUGUCAAAAAAUGUCUAUAAAUAUUGUUCAAGAUGGUAGCACAGACAGAGCGCUGAACCAGUCCUGGGGCAGCGCACAUGAUAUUAAAGAAUCAUUCGGAAAGAAAAAUAGAUAAAAAAAAUAAACAAUAUUUUCAUCUCGUACGGAAUACAAUGACCUUGGGACAAAUAAUAUUUUUUAGUGUAAAAUGUAAGACAACAAUAAAGUACAACAAGUACACAA